AUGAGAAAUUCCAUCAGUAAAAAUAGCCUAAUUUCCAUUUGCCCAUCCCGCCGCCAGUUCUUCACUAGAAUUCAAUGGAAAAUAGCCACAUCGUUUUGCCUAUUUGCAUUCACCUUGAUGUUGUCGUAUUAUUUCACUGUGAUUCACGUUGUGAAAAGACCCACCCAGCAAAUCAACGUUCAGCAUUUUAAUCAGCUUCCACUUGACGCGUCACGUAAACAAUUCAAACGCAUCUUAUUCUGGACGAGUUACUUUGACUGGAAAGAUUUCAAUUUCGGAAUGGGUCGAGAGCCUUUCGUCCGUGCAGGAUGCCGCAUCACCAAUUGCGUCACAACUAACGAUAGGAAUCUAUUAAACGAAAGUGAUGCAAUCAUCUUCCACCCCAUUAACUACGACCCAGUUAACGAUGCACCACGACACAGAACGUCACACCAACGUUACGUCUUCUUGUUUUACGAAGCCGAGACAUCCGGCAGGUUGUACCCGGUCUUUCAGCCUCCAACACCGAAAGGAUUCUUCAACUGGACGAUGACGUAUCGCCGAGACUCUGACAUCUACUCGCCUCAACCUUACGGUGUUUUAAGGCGAAAGAAUUCGACAACGAUCGAUACUCUGCCAGUUCCUCUGUCUCCUGGAUUGUUGCCACCCAAUUCUGAAAGAUUCCUGCAAACGAUGUUGAAUAGCACUACGCAAGAUAACAACACGAGUAAUAAAACGAAGCAAAUCGUUUGGUUCGUCUCCAAAUGCAAAACUGCCAGUCGUCGUGAAACGUUCUUUCGCCGGCUGUUUGAUUUCUUUCCUUCCAUCGACGUGUACGGUGAAUGCGGAAGCAAAGGCCUCGAUUGCGUACCCUGGAACAGCUUGGAAUGCGACACUAUCCUGGCCGACUACAAAUUCUACAUCGCAGCAGAAAACUCCCUCUGUCCCGAUUACGUCACAGAAAAAUUCUACCGGGCGCUUCAGGUGGGCGCUGUUCCCAUCGUUUACGGUGGGGCGGAUUAUUCCGCCUACGCUCCGCCACAUUCAUUCAUCCACGCCGCGGAUUUCCAGUCACCGAAAGCUCUUGCAGACUAUCUCGUUUUAUUGGACGAAAAUCCUUACCUCUACGCGCGGUAUUUCGAAUGGAGGAAAGAUUGGACGGUGGUUCGACAGCCUUUUGAUGGAUGGUGCGCCCUUUGUGCAAAACUAAACGAGCCAAUGGACAGCCAGUCUUUUAAAAGCUACGAGGAUAUUGGUAAAUGGUGGUUCGAUGACGUCCCUUGUGUUCCAGGAUCCUCCCUCAAAAAUCCUUUUCGCAAUUGAAAAUCAAUGUCACAUCAAAAGUCGUUCUAGUUUUCUAUCAAUAAAAUACUUAAUUCAACAAGA